ACCUACUUUUGAAUUUUGCGUUACUAUGGAACAUAUUGGUGAACAUUCAACUAGCAUUUAUCAUGAUACUGUCUCUAUCGGUGGUGGUUCAUCAUUUCCGCAGUUCCCUUCCCAAACAAGGGGAUGGUCAGAUGCGACCGAUCCAAAUUCCGAGUCACUAGCCGUUGAAAUUUCUGGAGCAAUGAGUGAUAAAGACCGUGUUCUAUUCAAGAUUCAUACAAAGACUACAUUGCCUGAUUUUAAACAAAAUGAAUGUGAUGUACAACGAAUGCAUGAAGAAUUCGUCUGGCUUCAUGAUCGUUUAGUUGAAAAUGAUGCAUAUGCAGGUUUAAUUGUCCCACCAGUACCACCCAAACCAGAUUUCGAUGCAUCUCGUGCUAAACUACAACGACUGGGUGAAAAUGAAGGCAAUCUACCCGUAGACGAUCUGCGGAAAAUGAAAGCUGAAUUAGAAGCUGAAUACUUAGCUACUUUUAAGAAAACAGUUGCAAUGCAUGAAGUGUUUUUACAACGACUAGCAUCACAUCCAACAUUUAAACAUGAUCAUGGUUUUCGUGUAUUUCUGGAAUUCGAAGAAGAAUUAAACGUACGAAAUAAGACAAGGAAAGAAAAGGCUGUUGAUUUUUUAAAAUCUGUCUCAAAAUCAGCUGAUGAAACUUUAUGGUUAAAUAAUCAACGUGAUAAUGAUGUUUUCUUUCGUGACGAGAAAUGUAUUUUAGCUGUUUAUCAUUCAGCUAUAAAAGAUGCAACGGUGGCAGCGGAUCUAGCAUCGAAAUGUCGUAAAACUAAUGCAAAUACUUUAUUACAAAUUGAAUUGGCUCUAUCUAAUUUAAUUCCAAAAGAAUGCAAUAUCACUUCUGAAACCGAUUUGACAACUUUGUUAUCCAAUUUCUUUGAAAGCUUUCAAGACUGGAAUACAUGCUUUUUUUCAUUUUGCGCUUCUGCUCAUAAAUGACUACAUUCAAAUAGACUGUGAAUGAAAAUGAAUGGUUUCUCAGAUUGUCCUAAAUUUUGUCGAAUUUUUCUCCUGUGAAAUAUAAAAGUAUAUAUUCAAUCGACUGAUCAUUCAGCAGUUAUCAAUGUUAUGUUUAUCUAGUCCUUUUGUGCUGAUUGAAUCCUAUCGAUCAAGUUGUAACGCAGUCACUGGUGUAAGUGACUUGACAUAACGUUUAUUAUGUGUUAGGUGGUUGGAGGUAGUAUACAGGAAACCCUGAAUCUAGGUUUCAUUUUAGUUGGCACUCCUCAACAAGAUCCAGGGUUGUCUUCCAAUCAAUUUAUUGAUAAUGUCUAACGAUGAAGCUAGGUGGUUCAUGUUCCAGUCUCACAAAGAGCAUUAGUCCCCUCAAAGUUAUAGAUACACCUUGUUGAUGUGUGUCAAUUAAUGCAAAACUUAAUUUUAGGGUUUCCUCCCGAAUAUUUCUAACCACUUAAAUUGGCAGUAUUGCUAUUGCAGUCGAUUCCGAGCUAUGUUAUUCGAUUUAUUCAACUGCUGGUUAUGAUAAUCGUGUUGACCCCAACCAAGCAGUUUACACCUACGUACACGGCUCAUCCCAUCAUUCUUCUUGAAACAUCACAAGAAAACAGCGAAGAGAUGCGUAUUUCGUCCUAAAAAAUACUCAUAUUUUUUAUGUUUAAAAGUUAAAAGUUAAUACUAUUUUUUUGGUUUCGGCCAAUACGUCAUAUGUAGACACUAUCUGUCACAUCAGUCCAAGUUAGCCAGCCAUGUGCAGCAUAGAGCCUGGCACGUACGUUCAACAAUCCAAGUUACCAUACCACAUUAGAACAGCGAGAUAAAGUUGUCAAGACACCUGAGUAUUAGAAUUAGUAACGUUAUCAGUACUAUUAAGAAAGAUUAGAUACAGUAAAAGAGCGAAAGAUGGAGCGAAAAGGUGUCGUUACUCAUUGUAAAAGAAAACAGAGUGAAUGCAUCUACGAACGUUCAUGAGCCCUGUCAUGCAAGGUUUCUAACUAUCGGUUACGAUAAUCAUACGGAUCCUAACCAGGUACCGGGAUUGGGAUCUGUACAGUUAUAUUUUUCCCUAGUAAAAGAAUCAAAGUACUAAAUCUUUAUCAUUAGUUUUUUCUUUCAAUUUUAAAUUAUUUUACUUUCCAGUUGUUCAUAAGGACUGUUCCAUGAAUUGCGUUUUGUUAAGAACUAAUGUCGAUUAUUAAGGAUUAUUUAUUGAUUUUCGACAUUACGUUUGUUCAGUUAAAUCCAAUCAUUAGCAUAAGUUUCAUAAAUAACUGUACUGAAUUCAGUGUUUUAUUGAGUUUCUUUUUUUACUCUUCAGAAUAUAGCCUAGUGCUUUUGUGGAAUAAAAAUGUUCUUAUUUUUCAAUAUAUUUAUUUAUUUAUUUGGACACAUGAAUAUUGGUACAAGAGAGCGCCAAUAAAAAUGAUGCUGAAUAAACCAGGUAGAUUGAUAAGAGGAUGGAGCCUAUUAUGUCGGGUAGGCUAAGCAAAUUGAUGAAUGCAUCCCAUUUGUACACAUUGGUAUAGACUAUUGCGAAUUAGUUUCCAUAAUUUCCACUUUUUAUAGGCACUGUUUUAUUCUCACGACUUUAUGGUAAAUUACUGAGGACUAGGUAUAGAACUGGAAGGAACUCCUCUAUUCUGAACUAGUAUUCACUGUCUAUCAAAUGAGAAAGAAUGGUACUGUCUACAGAUUUCAUGAGUCUUUUUACUAAUCAAACAAAAUAAGCGUUCGUGACCACACAGGAAUAUAAGACUCUCCAAUCGAAACCUAUGUAACACUCUUGUAUCGCCAUGUUGAAAUAAGUCAGGUUAUUAUGAUUCAUUGUUCACUAAAAUGACUCAUUGAGGGUCUUCAAAAAGUAUUUGUUAAUUUCUGCUUAGAGUGUAUUGUUUUUGUGAGUUAAGUUUUGUAUGUUGUUUCUGAAGCUCAUGUAAUAUUCAACGGUCAGUCAUUAGACAAAAUUAAAAAAAAUAAUUAACAGCUGAAUGUUUUAUUAAAUCCGUACAUUUUAAAAUAUAUUUAGAUUGAUGUAAUAUAAUGUCGACAAAUUCUUGUCACUUUUUUAUCUUUAUCAUGCGAAACUACCACAAAAUGGGAUUGACUAAAUCACAUGAAUACAGUCAUUCAAAAUCUAUCCGUUCAAUCAACAACCAUAUUUCAAUGAUAAUAAUAAUAUAAAUCAAUAAAACGCAGUGAACUAAAAAUUUUCUGUUUAGCUAAAUUGGUUCUAUGAGAAAUACAUUUAUUAUCUAAGUUAGGGUCAAUUCUCGAUCAGAAGCAUGUGUUAGGGAUGCUAGAUCUCCAGAAAUCACUUAGUAAACGUUUUAUUUGUGUAAUAUUAUUUUGGAAAUUCGAAUUUCUCAUUUUCGCAUUAAAAGCGACCAUUUUACCUUCAGAUUGUAUUUCUCGAUUGAAAGGACCUUACAUGUCAUUAGUUCGUUCCCUUUUUUAAUACGCUAUUUUUUGACGUAUCCUAAUGACAUUUUUAUACUGCAUAUAUGCACUUGAGUUGUGUGCUUAUUCAUUCGUGCUUCUGGCUGCUUGUGGGAUAUACUUUUCCCUUAUCUGAAUCUGAUCCCUCUAUAAUUUUCUCCAAUCCACACUGUCAAAUGCUUUCUCAUAGUCAAGAGAGUGGAUAUAUAGUGAUCAGUUCCAUUCAAUUGGUUGUUCAACGAUGAUCCGCACUGUUGCGAUUUGGUCUGUGGAAGAUCGAUCCUUACGGAAUUCGGUGUGUUGAUCCGGAAGUUGGGCGUCUACUGAGUUUUUCAUCCGGUUCAGCAACACUUGAAAACGUUUUCUGGUACUGACUGUAGUGUGACUCUUCUGUGGUUCUCACACUAGCUCAGAUCUUCAUUCUUUGGAAUCUUGAUGAGGUGUCCUUCUUUCCUGUCCAUCGUCAUUUGUUCCCCCUCUUUCCAAAUCUCCCAGAAUAGGAUGUGAAUCAUGUUUUCAGUUGCUUGUAUGUCUGACUUCAGUGCUUCAGCUGGUAUAUUGCCAGGUGCUGCUGCUUUCCCACUCUUGAUUUGUCUGAUGGUCAACCUGAUUUUUUUUGAUCGUUGGUGGAGUGACAUCUAUGGGAAGGUCUGUAUGUGGUGUUUCGAUGUCCGGUGGAUUUAGUAGAGCUAGCCUAAUCAAGAGUUCCUCAAAUGUCCCUCCCUUCCCCUCCUCUGCUCUUGAAUGCCAAUGAUUGACUUGCGUUGUUUGUGCUUGGACGGUUAGGGCAGAUUUUAAAUGGUUUAACUUGUUUAUUCUGGUUACCAAACCCUCCUCCUCUAUCCGUACUUGGGACUGGCAGUAACUCUAGGAGAGCUAUAGGAAAUUCUAAUCAGUAGUUUGUUUUUAUCUUGAUAUUUUUCGAGAAAAAUAUGAAAAAUACUUGCAUAUAGUUCCAUCUUAUUUUAUGUUAGCCUUUUAUUGCUAUUUAGUUUUUGGCAGAUUAUUUUUCGUUUUGUAUUCAGUAAUUGAGUUGAAUGCUUAGUCGUAAACUAUGAACGCUCGAUCAUUAUUAUUAUUGAUAACGUUAUUGCCAGCCACCACGAUGUCUCUAUACUUUUUUGUUAGUUGUACAGUGAAAGGUCGUAAACUUUUCGUAAACGCGCCUGAAUAGGUUAUGCGAUUAUAAGGUAUGAUAAUGUGUUAGAACAAAUCAAAAUAUAUAACUUGUUGAAAUAUGUAGAAGGGGAGGACGAGUAUCCCAGAUAUUCAAACAGGUCGCCAUUGGUGAUCGUAGUGUGAUAAUAUCGUCUGACUGCAACACUUAAUGAUUGAUACAGAUUCAAAUCCCCUCGGUGAUUGUAGAUACAGCUUGUUGAAAAAUCCCAACUAGCGUGAAACAUUAGGCCGAUCGUCAAUUUCCUCCAAUACAUUAGAAAUCAAAAUGCCUAACUAUUAAUAAAUCACUUGGUUUAGUAACCGGAUUACGAAAUAUAUCGAUAACUUUCGAUCGCUGCCAUAAACUAUACAGGCUCGCGUUAAUUGUUACCUAACAGUUAAUGAGUAUUAGUUUCCUUUAACCUUAUUAUGAGUUAAAUGACUAAUGUUUGUUUGUGAAUUACUGAAUCGAUAAAACUAUUUUAUACGCAUAUUUUAAUUUAUUGUGAAUCAGUUCCAAGUAGUUUCUUGUAAUAAAUGAUUAAUUUGUUAAUCAAUGAACUCAUUUACAAGUGUAUGAACCACACUCUCAUAAAACUACCUGGUUUUUCAAACCAAAAUAGAUUGAGCAGAACUCGAACUUCAGAUUUAAUGUAACUUUAAAAAAAACCUGUUAUUUAUGUUUGCUAGAAAAUUCUAGUUCGUUUGAGUUCGGAUGAAGAUUUAAAAUUAUCUGAUACAUUUCGUUACUAUGCAAUUGAUACUGGAGCUGCACGUGACCUACUCUAUCGUCGAUGUCGUGCAUUAGCAGAUUAUGAAACUGCUAAUCGUAAUCUUGAUAAAGCUCGAGCACGUAUGAAAGAUGUUCAAACAGCGGAAGAUGCACAAACUGCAGCUAAUGAACGUUUCAAAUCUAUUUCAGAAUCAGCUAAACUUGAAUUAGAAGAUUUCAAAGUUCGUCGAAUUAAAUAUUUCCAUAAAAAUUUAGUUGAUCUCGCUGAAUUAGAAGUCAAACAUGCUAAGUCCCAGAUAGAAUUAAUAAAAUCUUCAUUAAUGCGAUUAAAACUAAUCAAUAUACCUGUAUGAAAUCACCUACGAUUACCAUGGAAUCUACGGUUUGUACCAAAAGUAACGCCUCAAUCACCACUACCACUACUACUACUAGUAAUAGUGCCCAUUCCAAUUCACAAACAAAUAACAACAUUACCACAUUUAACUCGUCAAACUAAUCACAUGUGUUUUUGAUUUGAAAUGUAUGGGGGAUAAAAGACAAUUCUCUCAAUCCUUUUCUUCCCUAAAUAUUCUACCGCCUUCAACACAGCCUUAUCCCGCUGAUGACGAUGAUGAUGAUCAGUUAACUAUUAUAUGUUUUUCUGUGUGUAAAUUAUUAUAGACUUCAUUGAUUUCUAUUUUCCUACUAUAUUAUUAUUUCUCCAAUUCCGUGUGUUCGGGUUUGUGUUUAGUUUGUACUUUUCUACUACUAUUUCCGUCAAAUUCUUCUAUAUAUCCAUCCACUCACUGUACUACUACUACUUGCUGUGAAAGGAAUUAUCAAAUAUGAUUCUUAUUUUCUGAUCUUAACAUCCAAUCCUAUAAUGUAAGAAUGUCAAAAUCAAUUAACUUCACUGUUAACAAGUUUUUUUGAAUUCAACUGUAAGCGUUGAAGACGACAACUCUUCCAAACGUCUUCUGUGUUACUGUAUCAUCGUAGGUUUGUGUGUCUCCGUGUUUGUGUAUGUAUGUGCUAUUGGCUUUCUUGUUUGAUUAAUAUACAAUUCAUAUUCUAAUUAAAUUUACCAAUCAUACCAACUUCUUCCUCCUUCAUAUUACUACAUUCUGUGAUCAAAAUGAAAAACUCGAAAUGAUUAUCUUAUACUGAUGAACUCGUUUAUUAUAUGAAGCGAAAACAAAACGACAUAUUAUCUCUAUUAUUAGUGGGAAUAAAUUGAACCCCAACCUCAUGUCACGCACACUCACUUUUAUUUCCUAGGUGUGAAAUUAUCAUUCACUAUUAUCUUAUUCUUUAAUUCACUUAUAUGUAUACUUGGUUUAUUUGGUUUUCACUUUAUAAUCUUUUUUUUACUCUUGCUUGUUUGUGUUGAUUUCGUUGAAAAAUUGUCCAUUGAAAUUAUUUUUUAUCAAGGUGUUCUUACUAUUUGACCAUUCAUGUGUCAAGUAUUUUGUAUAAUUCUAAUAAAAUAUAUAUGCGCUGCACUUCGUUCCGUCAUUGGAUUUGUGCGAAGUCUGGAGUAUAUGUAUAUAUGAUAAUGAUUUAUUCAUGAGUCAACAUUACUUGAAGUACGCUUAAGAAAUAGAAAGGACUGAUCAAAAAUGUUUCUUUUUACAUAAAACUCUUUGGGAGUAUA